AUGUCUGCAGUUCUGAGCUCGCCAGAGAUCGAUCAACUACUUGGAGAGAAGCAUUUGCGAUCGUCUCUGGAAGACCAUGCGCAGCAGAUUUCGAAAGCAUCAUUGAAGCCAUUUUAUCAUCUGAGCGCCCCGAAUGGCUGGAUGAAUGAUCCCUGUGGUCUGGGAUACGACCCUGCCACAGGCCUCUACCACGCUUUCUUCCAAUGGAAUCCAUUUGGCAAUGAUUGGGGCAACAUGUCCUGGGGUCAUGCUACUUCAAUCGAUCUUGUUUCGUGGGAUGUAUCCCCGACGCCCGCUUUAGCUCCGUUGACGGAGUAUGACAAGUGUGGUGUUUUCACUGGUUGUUUACAGGCAACAAGUAUUCAUGGAGAGGCCGGGGCUAUGACGGUCCUCUACACAUCUGUCAGUCAUCUUCCGAUUCACCACACGCUACCCUAUACCACGGGCUGCGAGUCUUUGAGUCUGGCCGUCUCGAUCAAUGGCGGGAAGACAUGGGAACGCCAGGACUGCAAUCCGAUUCUCUCGGGACCACCUGAAAACCUUCCCGUCAUCGGUUGGAGAGAUCCUUUUCUUACCACUUGGGCAAGAGAACAUACAAAUGACUCAGACUCACGGUCUCACCUGUAUGGAUUCAUUUCCGGUGGUGUCAAGGGUCAAUGCCCCGCAGUUUUCGUUUAUACUGUCCAGCCGGAUGAUCUUCGGCAAUGGAAGUAUAUCGGUUCUUUGGUCAAUGUCGGCCUCAAUUUCCAUCCUUCACGAUGGUCUGGUGAUUUUGGCGUCAAUUGGGAGGUUGCAAACCUAAUGACAUUGACAAACGACUCUGGCAAUUCCCGUGACUUUGUCGUCAUGGGUGUUGAAGGUUGUUUGCGCCCGGAGGUAACAAGUCGAAACGCCGGAGAAGCUCGCCAUAAACGUGACCCAAGAGGUCUUAUGUGGAUGUCUAUCAAGUCAUUGGCAAACGCAAAUGCCAGCGAUGCGCUCACAACCCAUGGUUUCGCUGGAUUCUUUGAUCAUGGCUGUUUAUAUGCGGCGAACUCAUUUUGGGAUCCCGAGACAUCUCAGCGAAUUGUUUAUGGUUGGGUGACGGAGGAUGACCUUCCUGACAGUCUCCGUCAUCGCCAGGGAUGGAGUGGUGUGAUGUCGUUGCCUCGAGUGACGACACUUCGGACAAUAGAUAAUGUCACGAAAGCACGCUGCUCGCCGCUGGAAUCAAUAACAUCAAUCGAGUUGAUCAAGUCUUUAGGAGGUGCAUUCACCCUUCAUACACUGGGGAUCAGCCCGGACUCGCGACUGUCUCGUCUUCGACAGAAAGCUAAAACUGGCCACCUUGCCAAGUCACCCUUGACAGCUCGAGUGGUCUCGGUCCCUACGACCUACUUGCCGCUGAGAACAAAUAGAUGGGAGCUCCAGACUGAGUUUUCUGUGCACCAAUCAUGUAAACGGGUGGGUAUUGAGAUUAUACACAGCGCUGAUUUCGAACAUUGUACAACGCUUGCUUGGGACUCUUAUAGUGAGACAUUCACCAUUGACCGACCCCCAGUUGGUCAAGAAAUAAAUCAUGGGCGGGAGUCAGCUCCACACACUCUUUUUACUUACCUGGAUAAUGAAGAAGAGGUCGAAGAAGCCCUCAAAGUUCAUGCCUUCUUUGAUCACAACGUAUUGGAAGUGUUCGUGAACGACAGAACGGUCAUCACAACCCGUAUCUAUUACCCCUCAGACCAAUGCUUCGGUGUCAGGUUCUUUGCUGAGCCCGACGAUCAAGGCAGCAAAUCCUCUGCUGUACUUCUACAAGCGGACGUUUGGGAUGGACUGGGGAUGAACUAA